UAGUGGUCACAUCAUUAAUUUGAUCUGAAGUUGCAAUCACAGCCAGAAGGCAGUCGCGUCGAGUCAACAGCAAUAGAUUUUUUUCUAGCAAAAUGUUCAGAUUGGUAAUCAUCUCCGUCCUGGCAACCGUAGCAUUUGCCCAGAAUCCGGACGCCGACGCACAGAUAGUGUCAUCGGACAGCGUAGUUAAUCCCGAUGGUUCGUACUCCUGGAAUUACGAAACCAGCAACGGUAUUCGCGCCCAAGAGGAAGGAGUUGGUGGACAGAAUGCUCAAGGUAGUGCCUCGUGGACGGACCGCGACGGCACCCCGAUCCAGCUAACGUACGUCGCUGACGUAAAUGGAUUCCAGCCACAAGGCGCUCAUCUGCCACGUGAAGGACCAGCCCCAGCCCAUGUUUUGAAAACGCUUGAGUUCAUUCGUGCCAACCCACCGAAGGAUGAUCCCAACUUUAACAUCCAAGCGUUGGAAGCGGAAAUCGCCAGACUGCAGGCCCUUCAGUAAGACUUCCAAGGCGAGGGCGAUGGGAUCCAGGGGCCAUUUUCGGAACUCGUAGCGACCUGUGCACAUACUCAGAAUACCAAGAAGCAUUACACUAUUUGCGAUGCAAAACCGAAUCGAAAGUUUUGAAUUUUACUCUGUAAAUUUAUUGUAAAUAUUACUUCUUUCAUAGUUUUAAAUCUACUCUGAGCAACAUAAAGCGAAGGUAAGAACUUUUUUAAAACGACAUCUUAAGGUCAAAGCGCAUUUUUGACUUGCAUUUGAUGCUUUGCUUGUGCGAUAAACAAACCAUGUGCCCAUAUCUUGUUUUUGAAUUGAAGCGAAGGAAGAGAUUAAAACCCGCUACUGACGUCUGACGUCAACAAAGCAUAGGACGAGUCAAAUAGUGAUAUUUUGCAGCAACAAGAUCUAUUCACAAAGGUAAAUCGAGGAUGAAAACUAAAGCAGAGGGGGGAGAUAGAAAGAGAGAUGCGACGAUUAAUGAGAUAAAAACAAAAAAGACAAAUAGAAA